UGGGUCGCUGAUGACGCGCUCCCCUGUCACGUGACGGGGUCAGCUGCUCCGCUCCGCCGUCCCUCAGCUAACGGCUAACAGCUAACAGCUCGCCCUCCGCUGCGUCUGGUUCCGGUUCUGUUCCAGCGGGACUCCUGCUCCGGUACCAGCUCCAGAGUCGCGCCCCCCCCUUUGGCUCCGCCCCCCGUGGUCUCCUCCUCAGCCCCCGGCCCCCCCGGACCGAAUCAUGUCGGCGGUUCAGCGGAUGAAGGUGGCGAACGAGCGGCACAGCAAGACGAUCACGCAGCGCGGGCACGUGCAGAAGACCUCGCGCCCCGUGAACGAGGAGAAGUCUCCGGUGGGCCCGUGGUUGCUGGCACUCUUUGUCUUUGUGGUUUGUGGAUCAGCUAUCUUCCAGAUCAUCCAGAGCAUCAGGCAGGGCAUGUGAUGACCUUUGACCCCACAGCCGAGCCCAUCACCUCCAGGGAGGGGUGCUGUCAUCCGCCCGUCUGCCGCACACGUGCACGCUCACGUGCUCACUGGGAGCCCUGCCUGGAGCCUGUCUGUCCUCUGUAACUGAAGAACCUUGUUUUGUACUUCCUUCACUGUUCUGGUUCUGACCCGGAAAGGUUCCGGUUCUGUUCUGUAUUUUUGUUGUCAGAUGAAGUCUUAAGUCACUGCGGGUCGUCCAGCUGCUGUCCAUGGGGGGGUCAUGAGCUGAAAAACUUCAGAAGACCUGUGGGUCAUUCCUGCCGCAGCACUUCCUGUUUGAACUUCACAAUAAGAGUCCUCUAAAUUAAAUGUCUCAGAUCCGGUCAUUGGGUGUUAAAUAUAUUUAUGUAGGUUGGUUAAACAAAGACAGCUCAGGUUCUCCUGUGGCCUCGGUUCUGGUUCUGGGGAACAGAACACAUCCGUGUUUCCUGCAGCUGGACGACCCGCUGCAAUUUUCUACAAAAUAAACCGCAUAUUUUUCUCUA